AUUCCUUUGUCAUGUUGUUAUCAGUUAAGCAGAUCAAAGGCCUGGAGUUGAUUUGAAGUUUGGUGCUUGCAUUUGGAAGAUUUUGCUGUGAAUGGACAACAUGCGGUCAAAGGGGCUCUCCGACACCACCAGGAACUCAGUUAUUACUCACUUAAGGAGACCAGAGUGUAAAUGCGGUGUAAUGGAGACAUAACAAGUAGCUAAACUCCAAAUUAAAUUUGCUUAAAUGCUGUUUAUGAAAUAUUAUACCAAAGCGAUUUACAAACCAAAUAUAAUACAUAUAUAAUAUGCACUGUAUACACGUGCAGUAGCAUGGUGUGCACACUGCACGCCAUGCCCAGAUAUCCAAUUUUUAGCUUAAACCUUAAAAUGCUAUUUUAUGCCAAACUGUGUUAUCAUUGGCAUUUUUCUUACAAAUGGGGAAAAUCAGCUGCUAGUAACAAAGUGCCUAACCAUACAAUUCAAACUAUUUUUUUUUUGCUAAGCUGUCUGUUAUGUAUACACACAACACUGGUUUGAUGCUUGAAUGAUUCAUAGGUCAGUGUUAAGUGGCUUAAUAAGCAAAAGAAAACAUCCCUCCAUCCUUUUCCACUUAUCCAAUUCAGUGUUGCGCAGGGGAUUAGAGCCUAUGCUAGCUGCCAUAGGUUGAGAGGCAGUCAGACAGACAGCCAUUUAUACUCACAUUCACAGUUAUGGGCAAUUUAGAAUGACCAAUUAACCUAACCCACAUUAACUGCAUGCCUCUGGACGGUGGGAGGAUACUGGAGAACCCAAAGAGAAUCAACACAGACAUGGGGAGAACAUGCAAAUUCCACACAGAAAGGAUCCACAGUGAAUUGAGACCAUGAACAAUUGGGCAGAUGUCUAAUGAUUCAGAAAAUGUCUCAGUGGAACGCUGACUGUCAAGAAAAAUGGGUGAUGAUGACUGUGUUUUGUAAUCAUGUCUUCAGACAGGUUUUUUGGAAAUUCAGUUGUGACACAGUGACUCACACUCAGUGCCCGCCUUUGUUUGUUGGUGACUGGGGAAGCCAGCACUGUGUCCAACCCCUUUAGAUGGGAGAGAGCAAGUAAAUCCAUCAUGGGUAGAUUCAAAUAAAACAAGAACAAAAUGAAACUAGGCAGCAGGGAACUGUGUUUAAUAACAUUUACUUUGUGGACAUGUUUUUAAUAUUCUUUCCCAACUAUAUCAGUACUAAGCAGGAGGUUGUGUUUUUUCUAUGAUUUGGUUCACAGAUUGUUAUAAUAAUAACAUAAUAAUAAGCACAUUUCACAAAAAUUGUGCUUGCAUGCAGAAAGUCAUUCACUUUUGGGUUGUCUCAUCCUCAUCAUGACUGGGAGGAGUCUGCUCUGAAUGAGCAAUGCCGAUUGGUUGAGAAUCGGGUUUGGUUUGUCAAGCACACAGACAAGUACUAUAUAAAUUUGACACAUUUUAGUGAUAAAGAGACCCAAGCAUAAGGAUCCACAGGAUCUGUAAUAUUCAGGGAAACAUGUCUACAACUAGUGAAAUGAAGACCCAGCAGCAUCUUCACGUGGCCACUCCAGUGAGGGAGAGCCUUGCCCUGACCAAACUGGCCGGGACCUCUAUUUACCUCAAGCUGGAUUCGUCGCAACCGACAGGAUCCUUUAAGAUCAGGGGCCUCGGUCACCUGUGCAAAACGCUGGCAGAGCGAGGAUAUGAGCGAUUUGUCUGCUGUUCAGGAGGAAAUGCCGGCAUGGCAGCAGCUUAUUCUGCGCGCAAGCUCGGGGUUCCUGCAACUAUCAUUGUCCCAAACGUCACACCGAACAUAACAGUGGAGAAAAUGAGGGACGAGGGAGCCACUGUGAUCAUCCAUGGCAAGAAUGUAGAUGAAGGCAUUGCAUACGGACAGGAGCUUGUGGCAAACAACGCUGGCUGGAUAUACAUCCCUCCCUUUGAUGAUCCCCUCAUCUGGGAAGGCCACACAUCUCUGGUGAAGGAGCUGGAGCACGACCUGAAGGAGAAGCCAGGAGCGAUAGUGCUGUCAGUGGGAGGCGGGGGCCUGCUGAACGGGGUGGUGGAGGGACUGCGUCGCGCCAACUGGGCUGACGUCCCUGUUGUAGCCAUGGAAACCAUGGGAGCACAUAGCCUCCAUGCAGCCAUGGAGGCUGGAGAGCAUGUGACUUUACCUGCAAUUACAAGUGUUGCAACCACACUGGGCGUGGCAAAGGUCUCAGCGCAGACAAUGAAACUGUCACAAGAACACCCAAUUCUGUCAGAAGUAGUCACAGACCAGGAGGCUGUGAAAGCUGUUGAACGCUUUGUGGAUGAUGAGAAGAUCCUGGUGGAGCCUGCCUGUGGUGCUGCUCUGGCAGCGGUGUACAGUGGCAUUAUCAAAAGGCUGAGGGAUGAGCGCAAGCUGCCGCAGGACCUGGGCCCUGUGGUCAUUGUGGUGUGUGGCGGCAACAACAUCAGCUUGGAGCAACUGAACAAGUUGAAAAAGCAGCUUGGCAUUAUUUAACUUCACCCUCAGUUUUCCUGACCUUUCUUCCUUUUCCCCACCUGGUCACAAACCCUAUAUUUACUGUCUGUUAUAUAUUAUAAGUACUAGUAUGUAGCACUUAAUAAAGAUGGAAUAUAUUUUUAA